GCGGCAGUGCAAGGGCCAGUCCUAAUGACUUUCUAUUUUUUUUUCCUUCUAAUUUCUUUCAAGAUUUUAGAUCAGACGAAGUUUCAAAAUUAUAAGCUAUAAAUCCCAAAUCCAUAUACAGAGUUGUGGCAUCCAGACAACCUCACCUUUAUUUCCUUUCCCUUCAUCAAAAAGAAAAAAAUUCCCAAUUUUUUUUUUUUUAAUUACAUAGUGGGAAUCUCUGGCAAAUGAAGUAUUUAUAUCACAAACCUCAGCUUACCAACCUCAUUACAUUUUCAGAUGGAAGGCAAUGAUAAUUAUACGCCUAAGGAUUACUACAAAAUUUUGGAAGUUGAUUAUGAUGCAACUGAUGAGAAGAUCAGGUUAAAUUAUCGGAAGCUUGCACUGAAGUGGCAUCCAGAUAAGCACAAGGGUGACAGUGCUGUUACUGCAAAGUUCCAAGAGAUAAACGAAGCUUACAAAGUGUUAAUUGAUCCUGAUAAACGCUUAGAGUAUGAUUUAACUGGAAUAUAUGAGAUUGAUAAGUAUACUUUACGGGAAUAUCUUACCAGAUUUAAAGGAAUGAUUCUUACAUGCAAUGGGCUUGGUAUUAGUCAUACAUCAAUAUGGACACAACUAACAGAAACAAAUGAAUUUGCUGAAGAAUAAGGUUAGCUCUAAUUAUUCUUUUUUUUUUUUGGUUGCAAAGGAGGGCUAGUGCCCUUGCAAGGGGGGGGAUGGCGGGGUAGAACCCAUGCCUACGUGACUUUCAACCGGCCUCUUAACUACUAGGCUAAGAGGGGAAAGUCAGCUCUUAUUAUUCAUUACAGUGUAUAAAGAUUGCCUUGUUUAUUUCCUUAGUGACUAAGAAAUGUUGGUGAAUUUGACAUGCCAAUGUCAUAGGGCCACAUUAUGUACUUAUCUAAGCCAAAAAUGUAUCCCGUCUUUGUUUUAUUGGCGCAAUUUCAAUCGAAAUUAGGCGUCAUCGAGUAAAAUAGACUUUUCAUGCUGAUGUGAGAUGUGUUUCAAUGAGGUAUGCUUUAACUUGUAUUAUGAGUUUCAUAGAGUAAUCAAAUGUGUAAUUGAUAUAUAGUUUAGACAUGGCAUCACUGAUACUGCCAUCUUACCUAUCUAAAUUUAUGUCUAGAGUUCUUUACCCUUGCAUCUUCAUUUCUUUCUGUUUGUCUCUUCCAAUGACCUUAUCAUUUGACUGUGCACUGACAAAGUUUAAUGCUAGACUAUGA